GCCGGGGAGUCAGCAGUGCCAGAAUAAAGGGGAAGCUGAGAACGGCUCCUUGGUCAUCUGCAGCAUAAGAGGCAGCAAGAUCGCACAGAUAGUGACUGGAGAUCAGCGAACCAGGCUCAACAGCUGACAAUGGCCAAGCUUGUCCAACUUCCACCAAAGUUUCUUCCUAAGGAGUGGAGCCUUGCCAACCAGACCCAGUAUGGCAGUGCGGAGGUUCAGAGGUCAAGAUCUGAAAGGCUAGUUGCUGAAAGUCAGAGACUGGUUGACGAGAUUGAAAAGACAACACAGAAAACACAGAAAGAUGUCAACAAGAAGUUAGAUCAGAGGCUGAAUGAGAUCCAGUUCUGGAAGAAAGAGUUGGACAACACGCUUGAAGACACAGUUAAUGAUAUAGAAAAGUUGCUGGCAUAUAAGACCCGUCUGGAAAAAGCUCUGGAGAGCUGCAUGGAGCCCCUGUCCAUAGCACAACAAUGCCUAGUAGAAAGAGAGAAAAGAGUUGGUAUAGAUCUAGUUCAUGAUGAAGUGGAACGAGAGCUUAUCAAAGAAGUGGAAGUGAUCCAGGGAGUGGUGGCUCUGCUACAGAGAACAUUGGAGCAGAUCACUGAACAGAUCAGAUUGAGCCGCUCCGCUAAAUAUGCGAUGGAGAAGGAUCUAAAAGACAAGUUUGAUGCCUUGAAACUGGAUAAUCAUUGCAGCACAUUAACAAACAACACUCCGGAGAUCACUUAUGCUUCCGGUGCAGUAACUGUCCAGGGAAGCUCAGUAACACCUAAAGAGUGGGAAGAUUUCAGCAAUACUAACAUAGAAAAAGCAGAAAAACAGAGGAGCAAUGCUAUAGCCCUGAGAACUUUGAUUGACAGCAUCUUAUCGGAAACAGCCUGCGACAUGCGCAAGCAGUGUGAUACAGUCAAUUUUGCUUUGAAAAGACGUGUGGCAGAAACUAAGGAUGCAAAAAACAAGUUGGAAGUGCACUUAGCUAAGGUCAUGGAUGAGAUCAGUUCCCAAGAAAAGAAUAUAGAAACUCUUAAGAAAGCCAUUGCAGAUAAAGAAGGACCCAUCAAAGUGGCUCAGACUCGUCUAGAAACCAGAACACUGAGGCCUCAUGUUGAGCUGUGCCGUGAUCCUGUACAAUACAGACUGAUCAGCGAGGUCCAGGAGAUUACUGUAAAUGUAGAAAGACUGCGGGAGACUCUGAGCCAGGCAGAAGCUGAGCUGAAAGGCUUGAUCCGCAACCAGCUGUCUCUAGAGGAGGAGAUCCAAGUCAAGGAAAAUACGCUGUACAUCGAUGAAGUAAUAUGUAUGCAGAUGAGAGAAGCCAUCUCAAUUAACAACUUGUAAAUUCUAAGAAGAAAUAGUCUUACAAUGACUUCAGAAUCCACUAUGGAAAU